AUGAGUAACUCUAUAGCUGAGGCAUUUAAGAAGUUGAAUGUUUCGCCUAGUGCUGAGCCGUCCGACCAUGAACAAAUUUAUACGGUGUCAUAUGAGUAUUUAUCUCGAGUUAAGAACUUUAACGAUUUAAGAUCAUUUAAAUCAUGUUUAGUAGCAUUGAUUAAUUUGGAUAAAUAUUUCAAAGCAUUUGAAGUCAUUAAGAAAGUGAAUCAAACCAAUAGUGAAUUAAUCAAUGAUUCGAUUUUGGAAGUUGCAUACAUAUAUUAUAAAUUAGGUAAAUCUGAUGCUUUACUUGAAUUAUAUGCCAAUCAAAAGAAUAAGAUUGAUAAUGAAGGGAUUCAACUUGGAUUGAAUCAUAUCUUAGCUCAGAAUUAUUAUAAGAUCGGGGAGUAUCAAAACGCAUUACAAUUGUAUCAUGAAUUACUUGAAGCCAAUAAAUAUGAUAGUCAAUCUGAUUUAAUCAUUAAUGAAAGAGCCGUCAUUUCACAAUUAAAUUUCAAUUCAAAUAAACAAUUAAAAUCUAAAUUUGAUACUAUCGAAAGUAAUUAUGAUUUAUAUUUUAAUGAAGCUUUGAUUGAAUUAUCUAAUAAUAAUUUAUCAGAAUCAUUGAAAUAUCUUGAACAAUCACAACAAUUAUGUCAAGACCAAAAUUCUCAAUGGUCAUCAUCUGAUUUAUUGAUUGAAUUAUUACCAAUCAAAUUAACCAUUGCAUUCAUUUAUCAAUUACAAGGAGAUGAUCAACAAAGUUUAAGUAUCUUGCACGAAUAUAAUAAUUUCGAUAGUUCAAUUAAUGAUGCUAUUAUCAAACUUACCAUUAGAAAUAAUUUAUAUGCUUUAUCCAAUGAUGAAAUUAAAAAUGCUCAUAUAAUCGAUAGUGAAAUAAAUUAUCAAAAGAACUUACAACAAUUGAAUAGUAAAUUAACUAAAUUUCAAUAUCAAAUAUUACAUAAGAAUAAUCUUUUAUUAAGAUACUUAAGUGGGACUUUAUCAACCUCUCAAUUAAAUUCAAAAUUCAUUAAUCAAUACAUUAAAGAUUAUCCUGGAGAUUAUUUACCAUUAGCGUAUAAGAUAUUACUUGAUUUAGAAAUAUCAAUCAAGGAUUUAAAUGAUGCCACUAAAUGGAAAGCUAUUGGUAAGAAAUUAUUCAGAUAUAUUAAAUCACAAACAGUGCAAGAUUUAUCCAAUGAGUUAAAGCUUGCUAUUUUAUUAUUAGUAUUCGUUAAUGAUAAAUCCUCAAAUUUCGAUCAAUCAUUAUUGAUAUUGGAAGAAGUGAUUAACCUUGAACUUGAAAAGGAACAAGUAUUGACACCUGCUUUACAUGGUGUUUUAAUUCAAAUUUUAGAAAAUAGUGCAAAGAAUAAUAAUCAAAAGAAACUUGUCGAUUAUUUAAAUCAGUUAAUUACUAAAUUUUUAAAUACUGAACCAAAAUUGAUUGAACAAGAUUUGAAUUAUUUCAAUUUCAUAAAGUUAAUUUCAUUUAAAUCAUUAAAUUAUCCAAUUUUACAAGAAAAUUCAAUUCAAUUAUUUAAAUCCUUGAAUGAAAUCAUUAAAAAUGAUAAAUUAAUUUCCUCCAUCUUAUUAAAUUCAACUGAUUCAUUAUUAUCAACUCAAGAAUUAAUCGCUUCAGGUCAAUCAUCCACCAACUCUACUUCAAUUGAAGAUUUAUUACAAGUUAAUAUUGAAGAAUUAUUACCAUCAUCCACUUCAUCCGUUCCAAAACCUACUUCAGCCACUACAAAAUCAAGAAAGAUUAAUGAAAAUAAAGUAGUUAAGAAGAAGAAGGCAGCUAAGUUUGGUCCAACAAAAGUGGUUAAACCAGAAGGUCAAUUCACCAUUGACGACGAAAGAUGGUUACCUAUGAAAUUAAGAUCUUAUUAUAAACCAAGUAAGAAGGAUAAAAAGAAAGGUAGUCAUCAAGGUGUAGUUGAAAGUCCAACUGCCAGUGCUGCAUCUACUCCUGCUCCAACUUCUGCUUCUACUACUACCACUAAUACCUCUAGUAGCAGUAAGAAUAAAAAGAAGAAGAAGGGUAAAAAGUAA